AUGCCCUUCGUGUCAGCGGCGCUCUCCUACUGCUGCAACAACAUUCAGCUACAGAAUGGCCUCACGCAGCUAUUCAGGUCUUACUCGCUUCCACUGCGGACGCAUUCUACAAUGAAUGGCGCCGUGUUGGUGAUCUUACUGCUGGCGGUGGGAGGUUCGGAGUGUGCCAAGAUCUUGGCCGCUUCGCCGUUCCCCGCCAUCAGUCACGUGUUGCCUCUGAGAGUUAUCGUGCUGGAACUCGCUAAGAGGGGCCACGAAGUGACGUACAUCACAACGGACCCGAUCAAAAAGCCUAUAAAAAAUCUGACAGAGGUGGACGUAUCGCCGGCGUACAGAUACCUGAGGAGGUCUGUCGACUGGAUGGCGAUGGCGUCGCACGAGUGGGACCCCGUGGAGAUGCUGUGGACCAUGAUGGACAUGACGGCUCCCAUCUGCGAAGACGGCCUCAACAGUCCAGAGAUGGUCGACUUCAUGAAGUCGCCGCCGAAGUUCGACCUGUACAUCAUGGAGAGGGGUCUGGUGCCGUGCUUCUACGGCGUGGCUCACGCAGUCGGCUCCCCACCCGUGGUGGGCCUCGUGACCCUCGGAGCCUACCCUUACAUCCACUGGAACGAUGGCAACCCGGACAACCCAGCCUACACGCCGUGGUGGAUCCACCCUUACUCGGACCACCUGUCGUUCUGGCAGAGACUCUACAGCUCUUACAUGUGGCUCUACUCUAACUUAGUGUGGUCAAAUGUAGUGCUGCCCAAGCACGAGACAAUACAGAAGAACUACUUCGGUCCUAGAGUCCCGUCGAUCUACGAACUAGAGAGAAAUUUCAGUCUGAUGAUCCUCAGUAAUCAUUUCACCCAAAGCUAUCCCAGACCAAACCUACCCAGUUUUGUGGAAGUCACUGGGCUACACAUCCAGCCAGAUAUUAAGCCACUGCCUAAGGAUAUACAGAACUGGUUAGACGGAGCGACUGACGGUGCUAUCUACUUCAGCUUGGGCACCAACGUACUGAGUAGCAAAAUGCCACCAGAGAAGCGACGGGCUUUUCUCGAUGCCUUCUCGCAGCUGCCGCAGAGGGUGCUCUGGAAGUGGGAGGAGGACGAUUCGUCAGACCUGCCACCUAACGUCCUGCUGUCCAAGUGGUUUCCACAACAGUCAGUACUAGCUCAUCCGAACGUGAAAGUCUUCAUCACGCAAGGAGGCCUCCAGAGUUUCAAUGAAGCCACUUACUAUGGUGUUCCUUUAAUUGGAAUUCCAUUCAUGGGAGACCAGCACUACAAUGUCGAAAAAUUCGUAGCUGCUGAGAUUGGCUACAGGUUGCAGUUCCGGCACGUCACGAAGGAUACUGUUUUAAAGGCUAUACGAUCGGUUCUUGAGGAUCCCAGGUAUCGGGAAAACAUGAAGAAGUUGUCAGCAGUGUAUCGCGAGCACCAGGCACAGUCGAUGCCGCAAGCCAUCUGGUGGAUAGAAUAUGUACUACGUCACAAGGGAGCUCCACAUUUGCGAAGCGGAGCCAUGGAUCUCAGCUGGUACCAGCUGCUGCUGCUAGAUGUCGUCGCCUUCAUGCUGGCCGUAGCUGCAAUCACAACAGUUGCGCUGUAUUCACUGGCGAGAUAUCUUACAUCUCUGAUACUCAACGCCAAAAAACAUAAGACUGAAUGA